AUGACACCUCAGGCUAUGCCUUAUUGUGCCCAUCAUAACUGUACUUGGAUCAAGGACAUGUUGGCGCAUGUCCAAAUUCAUCGCGUGUCCGAAUUUUCUACAUCAGGCAGCGGUGACGAUGUAUCGGUGUUCUGGGAACCAGAUUUAUCAUCUUUCACAGAUCCUUUCGCAAUCCACUCACCUACAAAUACACAGGUCAUCGUCCAUGCCCCUUCCCCCUUGCAAGAAUUUCUAACUCCUCCAUCGUCUUCCACUGGCAGUCCUGAUGCUCAGAUCCCUAUGCGGCCGCUUGAUGCUACUGACGUGUUGCAUGAAUCUGAAUCACCGCCUGUGACAAUCGUUCAGGUUGUUCCCAAAAACGAGGAGAAGAGGUUUCAUACGUCUCGCGCACGACGUGGAGGUGCUCCAUUUCAACAGUUCCGAAUUGAGUUAGCGAAAGUCGUCAGGGAGAAUCACAAGACUCACUGGAAGGUCUGGAAAGAUGUUCAUAAAACGAUAAUGAAGAAAGACUCUGAUAUCGUGCAACCUGACGAACAGAAAGAAGACGAAAACAUAACAGCGGGAGCUGGUUGUGUAGGCGGUGAUGCCAUAGAGGCCCAAGCUUCUCAAACUACGGGCAUGAGUACUCGCCAGAUUCGAAAGAGGAAGAUCAACGAUGUUAAUGGCAAUCAUGGUUCAGACACUGACGAGAACGUACUUUUUCCCAAUCCUGUUCCAACUGUCGUGAAGCGCAUCUGCCGGGAGAGAACAGGGACAGACUGGCAGACAGUGCUCGAUAUAGUCAACAUCGAAUCAGUCGAUCUGGCUAGGGGACACCCAGGCUUAGGUUACGUUGGUGCGCCAACAGAUGAUCAGGAGCACCGUUACUUACGAGUUGGUUACUAUGAUACUACUUCGGUGUAA